AUCGGCUCUGCCUUGCACCAACACCGGUGACUCGAGCUUACUUUGCCUUUGAUGGGGCCUUUCGUGGAUACGCCAUUAACGGCACCAACUACGAAGUGCAGCUGGCCAAUGGUUUCAAUGUUCCACUGGUGAUCAUCCCCGGUCGCUACAACAAGGCUGAUUCUGAUUGCAAAGUGGUCGGUUGUUUCUCAGACGUGAAAGCCCACUGUCCAAGCGAACUGGCCGGUCGCAACGCAGCUGGCAAAGUGAUCAGCUGUAAGUCUCCCUGUGAAGUAUUUGACACUGAGUACUACUGCGCGAAGGGUCGCUAUCUUGAUAAUCUGCAUACAAAUGAGUGGAACCCUGAGUACCGGGCAGUCUUUAACUCGUCCUGCCCUCAUGUGGGCAACUACUUUGGCAAGUACUCUUACUACCUGAGAGACCCGUACAGUGUGACUACACAGACCUGCACAGACGAAGGGGCUAACCGCGGCCAGUUUACAAUUCAAUUUUGUUAA